CAGUGGAGCUCUGCGUUAUUACUGUAGUGGAUUAACCUAACUGUGUGAGUGGAGGUGGGCGCAGAACGAUGUCCACGCUUCGUCUUCCGUAGCAUGAACCAUUAUAAGAAAAUGUGCUAUUCAGUGAUUGUAUCUGCGAUGAAUAUUUCGGAUAGUUAACCACGAAGCUCCCUAGAAGAAUUUUGAAACACGUGGCAUAUUAGCUCAGUGCGAUUUUUUUUUACUUUAAGAAGAGCUACGCGAAGGUUCUUGACACCGACGCUAUUAGUUGAUCUUGAAUAAUAAGCGUCCGUCAGUCGCUUAAGUUAACUGAAUUCACUUCGGCUGAAGCCAAUAACUAAACAUCAGAUCAAUUUAUGUAUUUCACGAAAAAGAUGCGGGAAAGAGGAACUAUUGCCCUCUACGCGCUGGUGAUCUGCUACUGCUCUGUCACAAAAGGUGACCAUGGUGGUUCGACCACACACACCCCUCCUCCUCCUCCAAGCUCCUCCACAUCAGCCACCUCCUCAUCUCCCCUGAGCUCCUCCACCAGCCAGCUGGAGUCCUUUGUGAACGCCACAGCCGUUCAUCUCAACGUCUCUUCAGAGGCAGACGGCAGCUCCGCAGGAGUCUUGAACAGCAGCCUCGCCCAGGACGGCGGUGACACCAGAAACAACACCAUCGAAGCCACCACAGGCGCUCCAGCAGCUCCUAGGAAUACAAAUGACAGUACUAGGGUUCCCCUGAACACCACUGAAAGCCCAGACAUACCUCUCCCUUCAGCUGGAGAUAACCAGACUGUCUCCAGCCCACCACCAUCUACCGUGAUGGUCCGCACCAUCUUCCCAACCACACGGGCAGCCAGGGGCCAGCCCCAGAGCAGCACGUCAUUAUCCACCAUGGAGUCCCACCCUCCCACGGGGCCCAGGAGUACCACUGCCAGCCGCAACAAAGUGACCACCAGCCCAGAGACAACUACGGCUCAGAUGUGGCACAAGGCCCUAACUGUCUCUGCUAAACACACAACUUCUCUAACCACCACCACAACCACCACUCAGAACACGGAGGCCAGCAAACUCCACGUCAGCACUCCUGUGCAAGCCAAAGCUUCUGAGCUUAACGUCGGGGAUGACGAGUCCAGUACUUCCUUGGACCCUCUCCUGGCCGGCCUGGUCUCCGUGUUUGUGGUGACCACAGCCAUCAUCUCACUUCUAAUAUUUCUGAAAUUCAGACAUCAGAAUGAGCGUCCAGAGUUUCGCCGACUUCAGGAUCUCCCUAUGGAUGAUAUGAUGGAGGACACUCCUCUCUCCAUGUACAGCUACUGAGAGGGCUGUGGGAAAUCUUGAGCCUUGAAUGAGACACAGACGUCUUCCCUGACCCCGGCAUUCCAUGGGAAAAAAAAGAAAAUGAAAAGAAAAAAGGGGUUUUUUUUUUUUUUGCUUUAGUGGCCGCUGUCCCUUUUUGAGGGGCUGUGUCAGCCAGUGCUGGGUAGGGGGUGACGCCAUUUUAAACAAGGAUGGUAACUCAGUUUCCUGGGCUAAAGUUAAUAUUUUAUAUUAUUUCUUUGAAAGAAGGAAAAUGAGUAUGGUAGACUGAGCAAAGGAGAGACUUAGUCUAGUGCUAUUUCAAAUCCCUCACACUGAGGGUGAAUGAGUCUAUUUAAACACAGUCCCAUCAAUGCUUCCUUCUGAUGGGGAAGUUCAUUAGUGAAACCCAUUACACCAAUGUCACAAUUUCUCUUAUCAGAUUGAAUCCAAAAACCUGAAUCAUUGUUUAUUUGUCAGUCAUGUAGGGGUAACCAAAAUAAAUGUUCAAAGGAGCAGUGUGCCUUUUCCACAGAAUAUCAAAGCUCCAGUCCAGAUGUAAAUGGAAUCACUAUAUUAAAACUAUAGUCUGUUUAA